AUGAGUACUUUAAGCUUUAAUAAUAUAUCGACAGAAGUCCUUAGCCCAUUAAAUCAAUUUGAAAUAAGAGAUUUAUUAAGUAUAGAUGCUUUAGGAAAUUUACACAUUUCUAUAACUAAUAUUGGUUUUUAUUUAACAAUAGGAGCUUUCUUUUUCUUGGUUAUAAAUCUUUUAAGUAUAAAUUAUAAUAGAUUAGUUAGCAAUAGUUGAUCUAUAAGUCAAGAAUCUUUAUAUGCUACUAUUCAUAGUAUAGUAACAAGUCAAAUAAAUCCUAGAAAUGGUCAAAUAUACUUUCCAUUUAUUUAUACUUUAUUUAUUUUUAUUUUAAUAAACAAUCUUAUAGGAAUGGUUAACAGGAGCCUUUGUAUUUUAUCAUUAUUUAUUUCAAGCAUAUUUGGAAUAUUAGGUAUACAUAAACCAAUAUUUCAAAGACUAUCAUAUUCUUCUCUUAAUUCAAACUCUCAAGUAAAUACACAAAUGAACAUAUCUAAGGAUAGCCCUAGGUAUAGCUUUAACAAUAAAAAUACCUUCUAUCUUAACCCUGAUUAUAUUACAGGAUUUGUGGAUGGGGAAGGCUGUUUCUCUCUUUCACUGUUUAAAGAUGAUAGACGCUUAAAUGGUUGACAAGUUAAACCUAUAUUUAGUAUAUCUCUUCAUAAGAAGGAUAUUUCACUAUUAGAAGCUAUUCAAAGAACCUUUAAAGUAGGAAAGAUUUAUAAACAUGGUAUUGAUUCUAUACAAUAUCGUGUAAGUUCUUUAAAAAAUUUACAAAUAAUCACAGAUCAUUUUGAUAGUUAUCCUUUAAUAACACAAAAGAGAGCAGAUUAUCUACUAUUUAAACAAGCUAUAGCUUUAAUAAAAAAUAAAGAACAUUUAUCUUUAGAAGGUUUAUUAAAAUUAGUAGGAAUAAAAGCUACAUUAAAUUGAGGUCUAUCUGACAAAUUUAAAGAAAGUUUCCCUACUGUAAAAGCAGCAGUGAGACCUUCAGUAAUAUACAAUACUUCAGAUGUUAAGGUUAAAAGCUUAAACUGAAUUAGAGGAUUUAUAGAAGGUGAAGGAUGUUUCCAAGUUAUAACUCAAAAUUCCCCCCCCCGAAGGGGGGGGUGGCGAAAUGUUUGGUUAAGAUUUUCACUAACUCAGCAUAUUAAAGAUGAAGAGUUAUUGAAGGAUAUAGCUAUUUAUCUAAAUAUGGGUAGAUAUUACAAAUCACCAACACGUAAUGAAGGUCAAUACUUAAUAACAAUAUUUUCAGAUAUAAAUAAUAAGCUAAUACCUUUCUUAAAAGAGUACCCAUUAUUGGGAGUUAAACAGGAAGAUUUCUUAGAUUUUGUAAAGAUAGCCAAACUAAUAGAAUCUAAAACUCAUUUAACUGAUGAAGGAUUAGAUACAAUAAAGCUAAUUCAAAGUAAUAUGAAUAGCAAAAGAAUAAUAAAAGAAGAAUAG